CACCUGAAACACAACAGGUUUGCUUUCCUGUAACCUCACUUUGCAGGAAAUCUUCCUCUUGAUGGCUGCGCUUUCGUUCUCUGAAGGGGACUUAUUUUGUCCGCAAUGCUCUGAGAUUUACUACCUUCCCGUGCUUCUAAAUUGUGGCCACAAUAUUUGCAGAUUUUGUUUAAAGAAAUUCUGGGAAUGGAGAGGAUGUCGAGAAUGUCCUGUGUGUCAGGUUGUGUCUGUCCUUGGGAGGCCUCCUAUCAACCUGGAACUAAAGAUAGCUGCGGAGGAAUUUCAGGUGUUAAAGACCAGAAACAGUCAGGACAUUUGUCGUGUUCACAACGAGAAGCUGAAUAUUUUCUGCCACAAUGACCUAGAGCCCAUCUGCCUCGUGUGCCAAAUGUCAAAACAGCAUAAAGUUCACGAGUGCAGCCCAGUGGAGGAGGCCGCCACACAGAAAAAGAAAGAAAUCUCAGACCUGUUGGAGUCCUUAAGGAAACAUUUCAGAUUAUUGAAAAUGACAAAGGUGCAAUGGGAGGACACCAAAAGAUAUAUACAGAGCCAAGUGCAUCAAAGUGAGGCAGCGAUAAAGGAGGAGUUUGAGAAACUGCACCUGUUCCUCAGGGAGGAGGAGAACCGCAGACUGAAGGUGCUCAAACAGGAGGAGCAGAUCAAGAUGCAGGUGAUGUGUGAGAAGCUGGGAAACAUCCAGGAGCAAAUUAAGACCCUCAACUCAACCAUCAGUGAUAUCGAGGUGGCCCUCCGAGCCAAGGAAUUAACAUUUCUACAGGACUACAAGCAGACAAAGAAAAGGGUCAAAUGCACCAUUCAAGAGCCACAGUGUAUCAGAGAUAUCCUGAUCAACUCCGCAAAGCAUCUGGGAUCACUUAGGUUUGAAGUUUGGAAGAAGAUGGCCAGCGUCGUCACAUGUGUUCCCGUUACUCUGGAUCCAAACACAGCCCAGUCCAACCUCAAGCUGACUGAAGAGUUGACCUGUGUGCAGUUCAGCAGUAAGCAGCUCCUACCUGAUAACCCUGAACGCUUCACCAGCCGUGUGUGUGUGCUGGGGGCCACUGGCUUCACGUCUGGGAAGCACAGCUGGAUCGUGGAGGUGGGCCAGGGUAAAGAUUGGCACAUCGGAGUGGCUAGGGAAUCCAUCAAGCGAAAGACUACGGUCUUUCUCAACCCCAGCGAGGGUUUCUGGGUGAUCGGUGUGAGCAACGGAGACUCAUUCUGGGCUGAGACCUCGCCUCGCACCAAGCUGGUGUUGAACCAGAAACCUGGGAAGAUCACUGUACAGCUGGACUAUGAUAAAGGAAAGGUUGUUUUCAUCAAUGAUGCAGAUUCGACAUCAAUAUACACAUUCAAAGAAACAUUCGCAGAGAAGAUUUUUCCCUUCUUCUCCCCUGGAUUGAAUGUACAGGGGAAACUCUGCAGCCAGCUGAUCAUCUGUCCUCAGACAGUAUCAGUGAAUGUCAAGUAGACCCACAUACACUAGACCCAUGGUGCUAGAGUGGACACUUUGCAAGAAGUUGCACUGUUUCAAUAUGAAGUUCGGCAACAAAUGACAUGACACUGUCCUGUAUCCAGUGGUCAGGAAGGCCUCAUACUCUAUAGGGGAUGAGAUAAGACAUGGUGCUAGAGUUGAGGAAGAUUUCGCAAUAGUUAGCUUAGUUUCUCUCAGAAAUUCCGCAGCAAAUUGUAUGACACUGUACUGUGUAUUGAUGAAAUAACACAUGACACUUUCAAACAUUUGAAUUGUUUAAUGUUGUUCAGAAGAAAGUCUCAGGUCAUAUAAAUAUGUAGAGUUGAGUUGAUGUUAUUGACUUUCAUUUUCUUUCUGUUUUGGCUUCCUCUGUGAUGACAUAUCUUUCAGUUUAGAGUCCAGUUUCCUCUGCAGGUAGGCUUUCUUAUUGGGGUCCAUGGAUUUAUCUUUCUUCCCGCUCCCAGCGUAAAGAACGCCCUCUUUGCUUAUUCUCAUCCGAGCAUGAGACUUGGCUUUAUCUCCGCAGCCGUGAACCUAAAAAGGGUGCAGCACAUGUCAAUCAGAUCAGAAAACAACACCUUUCUAAUACUUAGGCUGUCACUUGGUGAAUUAUCAAUACCCAGGCUGAUAAAAUACCUUCCUACCUCGAUGGAUUUUAACAACAAUAAAGAGCCUAAUAAAAUCCAAACCAUCGACUCUUUGUUUGG